GUAGAAAUCAACAACCUUACUACGUAGGCGGCCUUGUGCUGUUUUCCUAAGACCUAAAAUGUCGUUUAUUUAUACGACAUAAUAGUUUUAGUUUUUCUGUGAAACAUAAUAGACCUAAAAACAUCCAUUAUAUUAAUAAGGCCUGUGUUGUGACAAACUGAGAAAAAUAUAUUAUAUAAGGACAUAUAGAAUAUUCGUAAUGGAUACCACGUUAUUUACCUUUAUCAUUUUUUUAUACUUCUCCCUUGUAUCUUCAGAUAACCAUAGAAAUUUGCCACCUAUUUAUGAAAUGGAAGAUUACUUAGGGUGCUUCGAAAGAAAUGAUUUUUAUUGUAAAGUAGAUGCAAGAUUAACGAACAACGGAUAUGAAAAUAAUAGUCUGUGGAAGUUGAUUAAUGAUUCUAUCAGCGAUAGAAACAGCUAUGACCGGACUAUUAUUCACAGGGCUAUAUGUCUCCCAAAAAGAGAAGUUAAUUUGAAUUCGACUAAGAAGCUUUCUGAAUUUCGUAUAAAUGAGAAAUUUACUGGAAAUAAUUUAACUGUAUUAGUAGAAGAUAUCGUUUGUAAUACAAAAGAUAAUCUUAAUAUAUCUUUGUAUGAUCAAUUGUUACUAUUUUUCUUCAUAGCAUAUUUACUUUUAAUUAUAUAUGCUACAAUGUAUGAUAGAUGGAAAAGGACAAGUACAGCUGGAAGCACUAAGAAUAAAGCCAUCAUAGCACUGUCAUUAUCUUCAAACUGGAGGAAAAUGUGUAAUACUGAUGGGAAUGAAGAUUACAUCAAAUUAAAAUCAAUCCAAGGAAUUCGAUUUUAUAACAUGUUAUUAAUUAUCAGUGUGCACACUCUUCUGAGUUUUAAUAUAGUUUAUAUCUCAAAUCCUAACGACCUUGAAAUACUGUUCAAUAACUCCAUAAUGCGAAAUUAUACAACUAUGAGUGUUUUUUUUGUGCAGACGUUUUUUCUUAUAUCUUCUUGGAUUGUAACUUUUCAAAUAUAUAACAUUUAUAGAAGUCAUGGAAAAUUCACCAUUAGUCAAGCCCUUAUUCUCAUCUUUAAUAGAUUCAUUAGAAUUGGUGUAUGUUCGACUGCAAUGCUACUUUUCCUAAAAUCUACUUGGAAUAAUUUAGCUAGGGGGCCUAUUAAUUUUGAUGCCAUUGAUAUGGUUCAAAGAGCAUGUAAGCUUAACUGGUGGCAAUCUUUUUUUCUGAUAAAUAAUUAUUUAUAUCUCGGAGAAAUAUGUCAUCCUCCUUCGUGGUAUUUGUCUGUGGAUUUUCAACUGUAUAUCAUGACAACUAUCACCAUCUAUUUAAUUCUGAAAUUUAAACUCAAUGAGUUUAAAAUCAUCAGUUUCCUAAUAUUUUUUUCUUGUUUACUAUACGGAUCAAUUAUAUAUAUGAAAGAAAUGGAUACAAUUUAUAGGAUUAAUCAUAAUGUUACUAGAAUGUUUUUAUUUGUACGAUCGGAAUCAUGUAGGAUAUUAUACCUUUCAACAUAUUCCAACUGGACUACAAGCUUAGUAGGCAUAUUACUAGGAAUUGCAUAUACAAAAUCCAAGAAUAACAAUAUCGUUAGUAACAAGAAUCGGAAGAUUAUAUCCAUUUUGUGGUUUUUAAUAUUUUUUGGCCUACCGUGUGCAGUCAUAUUUUUAGCAAGACAUGAAUUCACAGGGAUUCGAGCAGCAAUUUUGGGUGCUUUGGUUAAACCCCUGUUUUCUUUAGGCAUCGGAAUAGGCAUUUUAGGAAUGUCACACAAAAUGGGAGGUCUUAUCAAACAUAUAUGUGAAAAUAAAUGUGUUGUCCUGAUGAGUAAUUUCUCAUUCUGCACAUACGUUUUUCAGUUUUAUGUUAUAUUCUCUAAAGGAAUUGAAAGUUAUUCGUUGAUGCAGUUUGAACUUAUUAAUCUGAUAAAAUACUAUUUGCUUUUUGAUGCACCCCUGGCUAUAAUAUUUGGAAUUAUCUGCACGUUAGUAUUCGAGCAGCCAGGAAUUAAUUUACAAAAAAUAUUCUUGCCACAAAUAGCACGUAGGAAAGAACAACGGAAAAGAGAGUAACGGAAUGAUUUACUGUUACAAAUUAAUCUUGACUUCUGUUAAAUUUUGUUAUUUGAAUUAAAUUUAAGAGAUAAUAAUAUUAUAUUUUAUUUCCAA